UCUACUCUCUAGUCCAAUCUCCAGGGAAGCGAGGGGGAAGGGGCUGGGGGGCACGAGAGCGCAACAAAGGGGCUUAGGUCGCUUUCCUUCUCUUUCUCUUCUUCUUCCUCUUUCCUUCCUGAACAUUUCGUAAGAACCGCAAAUCGGGAUCUUGCUAGAACUACUCAAGGAUCUUCUCGCGGCAGUCCGCUGCUGAGAUGCUGGAGAACAGUUCCGACAACCUCAAACGUUUUGGUCCUCCUACUCAAAGGAAUCGCUCUCUCAAUCGCCGGAAAUCCGGAGAUAGAUUUGAAAAAAUAAACCAUUCUCAUGCGAUUGAUGGAGACAAGAGCCAAUCUUCUAAUGCAAAAAUCUUUUCUAGCGUUGAUUAUGGGGAUACUGGAAGCAGUUAUAUUCAAAAUGAAAGUACUCAUAGAGGAUUGUUAGCGCUUGAUGGCUGCUCUACUAGUGAGGCAGCUCAACUCCUAAAUGAACGUUGGGCGGCUGCAAUUCACAGCUACAAUGAUCAAUCUAUUGAUCUGUCUGAGAGACCAAUAAUGUAUUCGGGAGCCAGUGGGACAUCUUGGGGGCAUCUGAAGCUCCCUCAUCAGAUGGACUUUGCUGCUGAAUUACGUCGUGCAAUUAACAAUGCCCAGUCCAAUGUAACGGCAAUUUCUGGUGGUCACAGCUAAUUGGAUGAAGUUUUGUUAUAAUUUGGAAAUUCCAGAAUCAUGGAUAUGUACUGUACAAACAAAAAUGAGUGCUAGCACUAGCAAGCACUGCAAUCUUUACUUUAUUAAUAACUUAGGAAGAAGACAGCCUGAGGGAAAACCAGGUAUGUUGAAUAAAUCAUUUACUUUAUUGAACUUUAACUUGACCAUUCUAUUCAAUUCAAUUUAACGAACUAUUUGAAUGCCAUGUAGCCUUCCAUUAGACCUAGUUGCAUGUUUUUCUGGCAACCAGCAGAUGUCUCUGUGUCAAACUGUAUGUUCUAUUGGUUUCAUCAAGGAAGUGAAUUGGAUUUUGUUAGUAACAUAUGCAAGACGAAGAAGUUUAUUAUUAUUUAUUUUUGUGGGCCUUAUGCAAAAUUU